AUGGAAAAACCUUUAGAGAAAGAUAUUUGGUCUUGGAAUGAGCUUGUGCACUCUAAAAAGUUUGAGUAAGAGUAUAUGAAUAAAUCAGAGAUAUUUAUUCAGAAGGUGUUUAUUUGUAAUGGAUUAUUUCCUAAAGGAUGUAGAUGAGUAGAAAUGAUAUUUAUAAAUUAGAUCCUAAGAAGAUAUUUGCUCUUUCAGUUACCCAAUUUGAUGUCACUACUGGAAGUUAACUAAUGCUAAAUAGAAUUUUUAGAUUAAAAGUUAUUCUGUUUAUAAGGUAUCAUUUUAUGUUUUUCAUUUUAGUAUAAAAAGAGAAAUAUGUAAUUUAUAGAAUUGA